UGGGAGGUGGAGGCAGGCGGAUAACUUCAGCCUAGGCAACAUAGUGAUCUAGUUUGAGAUCAGCCUAGGCAACAUAGUGAGACCUACGUCUCUAUAAAGAAUCAGCCGGCGUGGUGGUGUACCUGUAGUCCUUCCAGCUACUCAGGAGGCUGAGGUGGGAGGAUCACUAGAGCCCAGGAGGUUGAGGCCGCAGUGAGUCAGAUCAUGCCACUGCACCCCAGCCUGGAUGGCAGAGUGAGACCCUGUCUCAAACAAACAAAAAUCGGCCGGGCGCGGUGGCUCACGCCUGUAAUCCCAGCACUUUGGGAGGCCGAGGCAGGCGGAUCACCUGAGGUCAAGAGUUUGAGACCAGCCUGGCCAACAUGGUGAAACCCUGUUUCUACUAAAACUACAAAAAAUUAGCCAGGUGUGGUGGUGGGUGCCUGUAAUCCCAACUACUCGGGAGGCUGAAGCAGGAGAAUCGCUUGAACCCAGGAGGCAGAGAUUGCAGUGAGCUGAGAUCACGCAGCUGCACUUCAGCCUCGCAACAGAGCGAGACUCCAUCUCAGAAAAAAAGCAGAAAGCCUCCAAGAGCCUAUGGCUCUCAAACAUCUUGGUCGCUGCUAAGUAGAGGCUCAGAGGCUCAGAAGCCCUGCCUCAGCCGGGACUUUGAGGUGUGUGAGCAAUGGCUGGGGACUGCAGGCCCGGGAAUCUGAGGGCCUCACCCCGCUUCCUUUCCAGAGCCAUGACCUCAGGCUCACCUCCUGCCUUCCUCUCCGGCAAGCUGCAGAUGCCCUUUAGGGCCCAGGCCAUGCCCCGGAUGUGAGGGGCUGAGUCACGGGUUUGGCAGUGCCCCUCAGAGCCCAGGCCUGGGCGACCGCCCACCUGAGGACGAGGGGUGGGCCAGCUGCCGUGCUCCAGUUGCUGGGGCCUCUUGGGAUCUUGGGAACCCCAUCUCUGAGCCCCGCCUCAUGGCCCCGCCCCUCCCAAGGAGGGAAAAGGCAGCUGCCAGUCGCUCAACUCAGGCACUGGGACCUAGAGCUCAGAAGACCGAAAGGACAGACUGCCGUGUUGCCACCACAGGCUGGACCAUGGACCCCCAAGAGAUGGUCGUCAAGAACCCAUAUGCCCACAUCAGCAUUCCCCGGGCUCACCUGCGGCCUGACCUGGGGCAGCAGUUAGAGGUGGCUUCCACCUGUUCCUCAUCCUCGGAGGUGCAGCCACUGCCAGUGGGGCCCUAUGCCCCGGAGCCAACCCACCUCUUGCAGCCGACUGAGGUCCCAGGGCCCAAGGGCGCCAAGGGUAACCAGGGGGCUACCCCCAUCCAGAACCAGCAGGCCUGGCAGCAGCCUGGAAACCCCUACAGCAGCAGUCAGCGCCCGGCCGGACUGACCUACGCUGGCCCUCCGCCUGUGGGGCGCGGGGAUGACAUUGCCCACCACUGCUGCUGUUGCCCCUGCUGCCGCUGCUGCCACUGCCCCCCCUUCUGCCGCUGCCACAGCUGCUGCUGCUGUGUCAUCUCCUAGCGCAGCCCACCCUGCCAGGGCCAGGACCCAGACCUCAGCAAAUGUGGCUCACGCAGUGCCCAGACAUUCGGGGUGGCUGUUGUCGUGGGCGUCGGCCCCUUCACACCAGGGACUGGGGCACGGACCCACCAGGAAGGUGGCCGCUCAGCCUGAGCUCCUGAAACGGAAUCCCAGGCCCUGGCUGGAGAGGGACACCCCUGAUUACCUUAAGGCCCAGGCAAUAAAGCAGGCUGAUCUUCUUCCCAGCAA